UGUGCCCCACGCGCGCUCUCUACACACACCCCGGAAGUUGCGACCGCUACAUCUAGGCACAGAAAAGUCGCGCUCGGCGGUGCGAUCCCUUAGAUUGCUCGGCCGCGGAAGCCAGAGCUGGUUCUCGGGGGCACUGAAGACCAGCCUGAGAUUGAGCCAGGCGUAUCUUCAGGCACCACUUACUUGGAAGUUUGCCCCUUAUGCUGGGCGGGCGCUCCCGUUCCCAUAGUUGCCUCUUUCCUAGCACGCGUUUCGGAACCUCCCCGGGACGCGCCUGCAUCCCCCGCUGCACCUUGGGCCAAGGAGUGCCCUGCAGGGUUCCCACAGUGCAAAUCAGGAGACAUUCUUUAAAUGUUUAUCAAAUGAAUAAGCGACCGUUAACUCGAUCUUGGCGGGAGGUGGGAAGAGGGAAAGCCACGUGGUAGGGUUGAUGGUGUCCUUAAGACAAGGGCUAUAGUCACGUGUGCAUUUCAGAAGGCGACCUAUGGUCGAGUCGGGAGGGGACACGCGGAGACGCUCAGACUAAGGACAGACAAUAAAGGGAUAAGAAAGUUUGAAGGUGGACCCAGGAAACAUCCUGAAAGCAAGGAAGAACUUUCAGGAUGAAGGGCAGUCCCACCUCCCUGCCUUUCCUUAUGCGGUUCCCUUCACCCUGAACGGAGGUCGUUCCCAUUUCUCCAUCAGUGGGGAUCCUGAUGGUGCAUCUCCUCAAGGAAGCUCUCCUGGGUUCCUGACUUCUUCCGUUCCCUUUUCCUGGCUUGGUGUUCCCUUUCUCCAUCCCGGAACACCCUUCUCAGGCCUGUGACUAUAAGGACAGUGAACUCAGGUUUGAGGAGAGGGCUCGUGGUAUUGCAGAGGGGCUGCAGAAGCCUCGCGGCCCCUUCCGAGAUGGCCCAAGGGGGCUUGGGCAGGGAAAGCGGCCGUGCCAGUGCCCACCUGCCACUGGACUUUGCCUGCUCAGUUCCGCUCUCCUGCCAAAUCCCCCUUUCUUCCGCCCACCCGGCGCGCCCUACCUACUCCCUGCCCAGUCCACUCUCGGGACCUGAGCGAGGCACUCACGGAUUGGCGCCUGGACGGGCCCAAGGGCAGCCAGCCUCUCAGUGAAAAGCAGCUUGCGGGCUGUGAGCUGACCAUGCAACUGGACCGACUUCGCGCAGUUAGCGCAGUGGCCUUUGGACUCCUUCUUCUUGUCCGGGGUCAGGGUGAGGACUCUGCCAGCCCCAUCUGGACCACUCACAUGGGGCAGGUGCGGGAGAGCCUUGUCCACAUGAAGGGCACUGAUGUGGAGGUCCACACCUUCCUAGGAAUUCCCUUUGCCAGGCCACUUCCAGGGCUGCUGCAAUUUACACCCCCAGAGUCCCCUGAAUCUUGGAGUGGUGUAAAGGAUAGGACCUCCAACCCAGCUACGCCUAUCUGGAUGUUGCCUCCUGCAUUUGGCAACCUGUUGAUGGAGGAGUACAUGGGAGACAGUAGGGACCCCCAGACUCUCCAAACCCAGUUCCAUGAGAUGAUGGGGGACUCCAUCUUUGUGAUCCCUGCCCUCCAAGUAGCAAUUUUUCAGUGUUCCCAUGCCCCCAUCGGUUUCUAUGAAUUCCAGCAUCAGACCAGCUUCUUCAAGGACAGCAAGCCAGCCCAUGUGAGGGCAGACCAUGGCAAUGAGAUGCUCUUUGUCUUUGAAAUCUCUUCCUGGAGCAGCCACAGGUCAUGGUAUGGUUCCAUGGAGGGGCUCUCAUGGCUGGCACCACCACCACCCACCUCCCAAGACGAGUCAUCCCUGGCUGCCUCUGGGGAUAUGGUAGUGGUCAUAAUCCAGUACCACCUGGGGUCCUUGGCUUCCUCAGCUCCCGCAGCGCCGCCGCCGCCGCCUCCAGCCCCCAGGCUCCCGCUGCCGCCCUCCCUGCUUGGCCGACAGCUCUGGCUGCCUGGGAGCCCCGGGGGACGCGCCAUCCGGCCUCCUGCCAACUGCAGUGAUAGAUCCAGCCGCUUGGCGCGGGGCCAGAUCCCCGGCGGACGCGAGGGCGCCUGGAGCUGA